AAUUAUUCAUGCUUCAUUAUGGCAGGAGGAUAACAGUAGGCGUUGUCUUAUUUAUACAAUUCUAUGCUGACAGUUCUUUUUAGUCUAUGUAUGGUUUAGGAAAUGUAUUUUCUCUUAAAAUGUGUAUUUGUUAUUCAUAAAUGAAAGUGAAAUUAAAUAGGAGGUGGUCACGUGUUUGCGUCGUUGUAGUACGGAGAGAGAUAUCCAGAGUACGUACUACAUCCGUGAUUAGAUGAACAUGGCGCAGGGGAAACAGGCCAUCGGUGGACUGUAAACAAGAGGAAAUUUUGGGAUAACUUCGACAUCGUACCAUGCACGUGUGAAAUGGUCUCAAUCUCGAUAUACUGGACCACUUGUUCUGCUUCAUUGAUGACUACGAGGCGACAGAUUGAGUGCAACACGUCCAAUUGCAUUCAUAAACAUUUCUAUAGGACUUCAAACCCCUGAGCAUUCAGUGUUUGGAUAUUUAAACUAAAAAGCCUUGUUUUAUUGUGGAUGGCAUCGACCAUUCACGACCAAAUGGCUGCAGCUGGAAAAGUCAAACGGAGUAAAUAUCUGCCCCAAGGCGUUGAGAGGUUAAAAGAGGAGCACAGAAAGGUCAGGACAGGAGUAACGUUUAUUUCAUAUACCACCAAUGCAUUCCUGCAGAUAUCAAAGCUUAAUGUCCAUGCACGUGAUCAAUCAUCAGCAUCGAUUCAUUCGUCGUAUGUUUAUGUUGUUUUUGCAGGAUAGUCGCAGUAUUACGCGUUUCGUUCUCUGGAAAGUUCUUUGUGUAUCACGUGUUGCUGUUGGCUAGCUGGUUGCAAACAGUUAUUUUGCUUUGGUGUAUGUGUGUUUCUGAUACUUUGCAAAAAAUGCACGUACAUAUUUAUAGGCAAUGUAUCUCAGUAAUUAUAACAGUAAAUUAUUCAUGUAUAGUAGCUAGAAAACAAUCUUUGUUCCAGCACAUGUUGUCCACGCUGCCAAAAUGCAUAGAGCAAGCAAAAGCUUACAGUACUGUUGUUACAGUAGGUAGUUUACAUGCUGUGAAAUUACUCUAUGUGAAGGUGGUGAAAGAUUGCAGAAGUCAAUUUGAGCACUGGAAAAAAGUGGAAAAUGACUAUGAAUCUCUUCAAGAGCGCCUCAGGACUUUGCCUGACAAGUUGUCUUAUGAUAUUAUGGUACCAUUUGGUCCCUUGGCUUUCAUGCCGGGAAAGCUAGUUCACACUAAUGAGUUAACGGUGCUCCUCGGGGAUAACUGGUUUGCAAAGUGUUCUGCCAAACAAGCUGAUGCUCUUGUGGAACACAGAAAGAAACAUGUCAAAAAUACGCUAGAUGACUUACAGAAAGUGAUGAAGAACUUUCAGAACAGAGCCGACUUUACAGAUGAUCUUGAAAAAUUGACUGGUGAUACUGGAGAUUUUGUAGACAUUAGAGAAGAAGUUAUAAAUGAGGAAGAAGUUACCAAAGCAAAACAUCGUUUGGCCCACAAAGCCAACUCUAAACCUAAGCAGGAGUAUUUGUUGGACCUGGAAGAGGACAAGGAGAAGAAAGAAGGCGAUGAAGAGGGAACGACAGGGGUGCUGUCAGAGGAGGAGCUGUGGGCUCGACUUGAUGAACUAGAACGUCAGGAGGAACUUCAAGAUGAAAGAUACCGAUUGGACAGCACAGACACUAAUGGAGAAGACACCACUUCCUCCUCAGAGGAAGAGAAGGAAGCAGAUGGUGGCAGCGAUGUCCAGGUUAAUGGCCAUCAGAAGGAAAAUGGCUGGGUACCGACAUCUAUCACAAGUCAGAUGAACGGCACUAAUGGCUCGCACCCUGAGGAUGAGGAGGAGGAAGAUUGUGAUGAGGAAGCAGGCAAUGGUCUUCCAACUAUCUACUUUUCUCAUACUGCAGAAUUCAAAAAGGUCAGGAUAAAUACAGGCAAGAACACCACUUUAAAAUUCAGUGAAAGAAAUGAACAAAAGGCGCAAGCCAAGCGAAAAAAGAAAAGUGGCAAAAGCAACGGCCAUUCUCCUCAUGAAAGUUACAAGAUCACAAGCCCAGCAGACAUUUAUAGGGUGUUUGUGGACUUGGUGAAUGGAGAGCCAAUACCACGCAAGUCCAUUUUGAAGUCCCGCAGCCGCGAGAACAGCGUGUGCAGUGACACCAGCGAGAGCAGCACAGCUGACUUCGAAGAGCGCCGUGCUGCUUUUGGACGCUCGUGGAGCCAUGAUGACGCCACACACAGUGAUACCAGCGAUGGCAUUACAGAGGAGGAAAGCCCCACUGGAACGAGCCCCCACACUAAUGGAUGCUUUGAGGCUUUUACAAGCACAGUGAUUGAAAAGGAUCCCCUGCCUUGCUCUAUCCCACACCUGACCAUCGCUCCUCCUGCCUUACCCACAAUCCCUGAGAGAAAGCUGGAGGAGGUGGGCCCCGAAGCUCCUCAGGAGCCACCCAAAUGGAUGUCUAAGUUUAAAGCUACACGGUUGCAUCAGAAAUAAGAGAUCAUCUCAUCAGCACACAACU